GGGACAGGGGCCGGCGGGGCCGGGGCGCCGUGGCCUCGCGGUUCCGGGAGCGCCCGGGAGCGCCUCGGAGGGUCCCUGCGCCGCGCGCCCCUCGGCCAUGGCUUUCGCCAAUUUCCGCCGCAUCCUGCGGCUGUCCAACUUCGAGAAGAGGAAAUCCCGCGAAUACGAGCACGUCCGCCGGGACGUGGACCCCAACGACGUGUGGGAGAUAGUGGGCGAGCUGGGGGACGGCGCCUUCGGCAAGGUUUACAAGGCUAAGAACAAGGAGACGGGCACGCUGGCGGCCGCCAAGGUCAUCGAGACGAAGAGCGAGGAGGAGCUGGAGGACUACAUGGUGGAGAUCGAGAUCCUGGCCACGUGCGAGCACCCCUACAUCGUGAAGCUGCUGGGGGCCUACUACCACGAGAGCAAGCUGUGGAUCAUGAUCGAGUUCUGCGCCGGGGGCGCCGUGGAUGCCAUCAUGCUGGAGCUGGACCGCGGCCUGACGGAGCCCCAGAUCCAGGUGGUGUGCCGCCAGAUGCUGGAGGCGCUGGCCUUCCUGCACGCCCGGAGGGUCAUCCACCGCGACCUGAAGGCCGGCAACGUGCUCAUGACCCUGGAGGGCGACAUCCGGCUGGCUGACUUCGGGGUGUCUGCCAAGAAUCUGAAGACGCUGCAGAAGCGAGACUCCUUCAUCGGGACACCCUACUGGAUGGCCCCGGAGGUGGUGCUGUGCGAGACCAUGAAGGACACGCCAUACGACUACAAGGCAGACAUCUGGUCGCUGGGCAUUACGCUCAUCGAGAUGGCCCAGAUCGAGCCCCCCCACCACGAGCUCAACCCCAUGCGGGUCCUGCUCAAGAUCGCCAAGUCCGACCCCCCAACGCUGCUGACGCCGUCCAAGUGGUCCGCGGACUUCCGGGACUUUCUGAAGAUGGCGCUGGACAAGAGUCCCGAGAGCCGGCCCAGCGCCACGCAGCUGCUGGAGCACCCCUUUGUCCGCGGCGUGAGCAGCAACAAGGCCCUGCGGGAGCUGGUGGCGGAGGCCAAGGCCGAGGUGAUGGAGGAGGUCGAGCACGGCCAGGACGAGGCAGAGGACGAGGACCCGGUGGACACUGCAGACCCCGCCCCCGUGCACCCUCCGGGGACCCACGCACACGCACACGACCCCUCCGACACCAGCCUCAAGGAGCUGCCGCCCAGCCAGCCCCAGAGCAGCGUCAACGGGCCCAGCUCGGCCCCCGCAGACGGAGCAGCGCCGGCCGCCGCCAAGCACGAGAACGGCCCCGUGGCGCCCGCGCCCCUGCGGAAAGCCCGGCCCGUGUCCGUGGGUGCCCGGAUCCAGGACUCGGAGGAGCCGAAAGCCGGCCUAGUGGCCGGCACGUCCCAGCACCCGGGCCAGAGCCGGCCCAGCAGCAGUGCCCUGGAGAGCCUAGCGCUGCCCUCCCAGCUCUCCGACCCCGUGUCCACGCCCCAGCACCCGGGCCAGAGCCGGCCCAGCAGCAGUGCCCUGGAGAGCCUGGCGCUGCCCUCCCAGCUCUCCGACCCCGCGUCCAGGAGGGACUCGGCCUGCAGCACCGUGUCCACCUCCGAGAGCACCGAGUGCAUCAGUUCCUCGCUCUCGGCCGAGCUGGCCAUCAACAAGGAGACGGGGUCCCUGUCCCUCAAGGACUCCAGGCUGCACAAGAAGACCCUGAAGAGGACGCGCAGGUUCGUGGUGGACGGCGUGGAGGUGAGCGUGACCACGUCCAAGAUCAUCAGCGAGGACGAGAAGAAGGACGAGGACAUGCGCUUCCUCAGGCGCCAGGAGCUGCGGGAGCUGCGGCUGCUGCAGAAGGAGGAGCACCGGAACCAGGCCCAGCUGAGCAGCCGGCACGAGCUGCAGCUGGAGCAGAUGCAGAGGCGCUUCGAGCAGGAGAUGAGCGCCAAGAAGAAGGCCUUCGACGCGGAGCUGGAGACCCUGGAGCGGCAGCAGAAGCAGCAGGUGGAGCGGCUGGAGCAGGAGCACAACGUGCGCCGGCGGGACGAGGCCCGGCGCCUGAGGCUGGAGCAGGAGCGCGACUACGCCCGCUUCCAGGAGCAGCUCCGGCUGCGGAAGAAGGAGGUGAAGAACGAGGUGGAGAAGCUGCCCCGGCAGCAGCGGAAGGAGAACCUGAAGCAGAAGAUGGAGGAGCACGCACAGAAAAAGCAGCAGCUUGACCGGGACUUCCUGGCCAAGCAGAAGGAAGACCUGCAGCAGGCCAUGCGGAAGGUCACGGCCGACAACAGGCGCGAGAUCUGCAACAAGGAGCGCGAGUGUCUCACCAAGAAGCAGAAGCUGCUUCGAGACCGCGAGGCGGCCCUGUGGGACAUGGAGGAGCUGCAGCUGCAGGAGCGGCACCAGCUGGUCAAGCAGCAGCUCAAGGACCAGUAUUUCCUGCAGCGGCACGAGCUCAUGCGGAAGCACGAGAAGGAGCGGGAGCAGAUGCAGCGCUACAACCAGCGCAUGCUGGAGCAGCUGCGGGCGCGGCAGCAGCAGGAGCGCGCGCGGCUGCCCAAGAUCCAGCGCAGCGAGGGCAAGACGCGCAUGGCCAUGUACAAGAAGAGCCUGCACAUCGCGGGCGCCCCCGCCGCCCAGCAGCGCGACCGCGUCAAGCAGUUCUCCCUGCAGGAGGAGAAGAGGCAGAAGUCGGAGCGGCUGCAGCAGCAGCAGAAGCACGAGAACCAGACGCGGGACAUGGCGGCCCAGUGCGAGGCCAACAUGGAGGAGCUGCAGCAGCUGCAGCGGGAGAAGUGCCACCUACUGCUGGAGCUCGAGGGGCAGAAGCUCAAGGCCCUGGACGAAGACCACAGCCAGGCCCUGCGGGAGUGGCGGGACCAGCUCCGGCCGCGCAAAAAGGCACUGGAGGACGAGCUGACCCAGAAGAGGCUGGAGCAGGAGCAGUUCUUCACGCUCAGGGAGGAGGCCGAGUCCCCGGAGCCCAGCACCCCCGGCAAGGGCACCAAGUUCUUCCCCUACAGCGCACUGGACGCCCCCUAGGGCCCCGGCCGGCCCUGUCAACAAGGCACUCAGGACUCCCGCCCCGCCGAGUCCCGGGCAGGGCCGGCAGAGGGGUGACCCGCGGCCCCCAGCCCCUGCUUUUGCCAAAAUGCCAGCACAGCCGCGCUCUCCACGGGCUGUGCUGGGCCCGGGGCUGGCGAGCCCCAGACGCUGCCCCCACCCCGAUGAAAGCUCAAACCCGCAGGGAGAGGAGGCCUUCAGGGGGCCCCGCCCCCACAGCCCCUCAGUCCUGGGAAGUGGAGGUGGAGGCUGGUCUUGGGGGCCCGGCGUGAGCACGCGCCUGCGGUUCCCGCCCACCCAGGCACCCGAGUCCCAGGGGCAGCUGGGAGGCCACUGCGGGGUUGUGCCUGGCUGGACGUGUCCCCCCAGCCCCUCUCCAGGAGGUGCUGCCAUCCCCCCGCCCCCGCUGCAGCCUUCCCCACCGGCCCGCCCCAGCCAGCAGAGCUGGCCCGACGUCAGCCGGACACAAAGUAUAAAGGGUCUUCGCAAGGAGGACCCCGCCAGGAUCAGGAGACGGAAUGCGGCGGGAUCACAGAGGCGCCCCCGCACACUCGGCCCUCAGAGCCCACGGGGCAACAGGGACCUUGUGGCCUCGAGACCACCUUUGCAGAGGCUGUAACGGAGACGCCCGGCAUGGAGCGUGCCCCGCCGCGCACUGCCAGACUAAGGUUCAAACAGCCGCCGACGACAGCCAACGAUGCCGCCAGUCGCGCCGCCCCGAGACACUGUCUGCUAAUAAAGACGGAAGCGCCUGUG